CCGAGACGCAAGGACAAUAAGGAAGCCACGAUGACGGCAGUGGACCUUUUCAACACUUUGGAGGAUUUAAAAGAAGAGGAAUUUAAGAAAUUCAAAUGGCAUCUGCAUCAAGACAUCCUGGAAGGCUACCAAAGCAUCAAAGUGGCCAUGUUGGAGAACGCAGAAAGGCAGGACACGGUAGAUGUGAUGGUGAAUACCUAUCAACUUCAAGGAGCUCUGAAGGUGACCAAGAAGGUUUUAGAGCUGAUCAACAGGAAUGAUCUGGUGCAGAGUCUGCCACACACCAGCUCAGGACCAGAAGGUCCAACUGGCCCACGGAGGAAUGACCCAGCAGAGGACAGUGAAAAAAGGCUGAAGGAAGUUCGGACAGAGUUUGUAAAGCGAGUGUCUAAUCCUGUUCUGAACCAGCUUCUGGAUAAACUCCUUGAGCGUGAUGUUAUAACUGAUGAGGAAAUGCAGUCAGUCAGAGCAAAAGUUGGAUCAGAAAAAGCACGAGAGGUGAUCGACACGGUGAGAGGAAAAGGAAGUGAAGCCAGCUUAGAUCUGAUCGCUGCUCUCUGUGAGGUGGAUCCAGUCCUUUCCAGGACACUGGGAUUAAUCUGAAGCACACUUUGACAAAGUGUAAUUAGGGAUAACCACAGUUGGCAGUAUGACUGGUAAACAUGCAAAUCCAGAUAUCUACAAUUAAAAUUAUGACUUACAAAGCAAUAGCAAAACAUUUGUGGAUAUACAUUUUGGAUAUCUGAAAUAAAAAUUAAAGCUAAACUGCAAAUUUAAUGGGACAAUCAGGGCCUAGGAAAUUUACAAUAUAAUGUCAUUACAAUGCCUCAAAAGUAUUCACCCCCCUUGGAUGUUUCACCCUUUUGUUUCUUUUAUACAUGAAAUCGUGUUCAAUAUAAUUUGGCUUUUUUGACAAGAAUUUGCAAAAAAAACCUCUUUAAUAUCAAAGUGAAGACGUAUUUUUACAAACUCAUGUCAAUUAAUUAAAAAUAUAUACGGUAAAGAAGAUGAUUUCAUAAAUAUUCACCCCCUUCAGGUCAGUAUUUAGUAGUACCUUUGGCUGCAAUUACAGCACUGAGUCUGUGUGAAUACGUUUCAAUCAGGCUGGCACAUCCGGACACUGCUAUUUUUUUCCAUUCUUCCUUGCAAAACAGCUCAAGCUCUGUCAGGUUGCUCGGGGAUCGGGUUUGUUCUUGUCAAAAAGCCAAAUUAUACUGACCAUGACCAUGACCAUUUCAUGUAUAAAAGAUACAAAAGGGUGAAACAUCCAAGGAGGGGUGAAUACGUUUUUAUAGGCAAUGAAUAUUGAAUCUGAUGUAAAUGCAGCACAUUCUGAGCAAACUACAACUCUGAAUCUUGUAUAAUUUUUAGUUACUGCAAUUGGUUGUUUUUCUUGGUUUGUUUUCCUCAAUAAUGAGACCGAAAAGAAAAAGUCUGAAUAGACCUUUUUCACAGCAGACAUGUUGACAUAGUAGGAAAAGCACAGGUGUAUUCAAACCA